UCUCAAAGGCCUGUUGCGUUAGAUUUUUUUUUUUUUUGGAAGGAUUUGCGUUGAUUUAGUUGUUAGUAUGUGUUUGAAUUGAGUGUUGAUUUUUUUUUUGAAGGAUUUGCUGUAUUCCAACUCGACAAUCCUGUAUGGCCGCUUUACUAAGUCUUGAGUCACUUAGUGUGGAUCUUGAAUAAUAUUCUUGUUCAUUUUAACCCUCAUUUCUAGUUUUGAAAGUUUUUGUUUUACUCGAUGCAUAUCUUUUGAUAACUCGUGUAUCCUACCUCCCAGUGUUUCUUGAGAUAUUUGCAUAGAUUCAGAUCCUUUGAAUUUUGCUGUAUUAGAAACCUCUUGAUCCCAUCAUAUACUGUUCAACUUCUUACUGUUAGUUUAUUGUGGUCUGUCAAUGUGUUCCUUUUCCAAAGAAAGUUUAUUAUAAACUUGUUCGUUGAAGUAUCACCGUAAGACGAGCAUGCAAACCCUAAGAACUUUCGUAUGUAUUAUGGGAAAGAGAGAACAGACUCGGCUCACUUCAUUCUAUUUUACAUUUCCAAUGCUUUCCCGACCAAUUUUCAGUUUAAUUCGUUGUUUUCAGUUAUGCUUCCAGGCUCCAGCACAUUUAAACACCCUAAGGUAUAUUUGGUUAACUUAUUAAUGAAUUUUAUUUACUUCAUCGGCCGAGUGUUCAUCCCGUAUUUAUAGUAUAUAUACUUUUUUUGUUAUAUUUAUUAUACCUUGCUACAAUCCUAUUUAUCAUUUUUUUAGCAAUAUUAUUUAAAAGCCUACUUAGUCGAGCUCCCAAGUUUUAUUUCACUGUUAAGUUGAAACUCCAAGCGUAAGUAUCUCUCUCCUUUGUGAACCUACCUAUCAGUAAUUCCUUCUUGGAUCCCUGGGAGGUUUCCCUUGCAGCUGAACCGAUUCAUUUGUUUGAAAAAUGGAUUAUGUUUCAAUAUCUGUAUGCAAUGCUGAAUCUUUGUAAACGCUGAUGGGCCAGAGCAUCCCUAUGGAUUGCACAAGUGAUAUUGACUUUGAAAGUAAGAGCUUGCUGUACUUUUAGUUGGUGAUUAUAUAUGACACUUUGAGAGUAUUAAUUAUUUCUUUUGUCAUUUACCCAUGGCUGAAUCAUGCUCUAUUUCGACUGAGUGCCAAAUUUCACUUUCCCAAUGUUCUUAGCUUCACGCUUGCUUUGAGAAUGAGUUGUAUUCUCGUCCUUUCUCCUUUUCACAGUGUUUGUCUUCUAAAAGAUAUUCCGUGCUCUUGCUUAUUGACUGUGUAUUUGAGUUGAACAAUUCUCAUUUGAAGAAUAAUUCUGAAUGGAUCUGUGCAUCAUGUUCCUUAGCAGUGGUUCACGAUAUGUCGAUAUAUAUUUGAAAAACAUAAUCAUGGCAAACAUUUCGAUUUUUUUACCAAAAGAAAACAGAUAAACAUUAUGGGCUCUCAUUUUAUUUGAGCCAGAAGCAUUAAAGAAGGUUCUUGCUUGAAUGAAUUCCUGUAUAGUGGGCCUAGUAACUGUACACACUUGUAUAGCUUUUACCAAAUGGGUUUGUGCUAAUAAGCAGCAGAGGAGUUACAAGCAAAUUAGGUGCUUUACGUGAGCUUUGAAAGUUUAUUCCAAAAUGUGUAAGUUAACUUGUCCUUUUUCUAUGACACACUGUGUGAGCCGACUCAGCUAAUGAUAAAGGAAGGAUUAUCCCUUUCUUUUAUGUAUUAUUCGAACACCCCUAACAUUGCUAUGUAAUUCAGAUCUGCCUAAUUUCUGGGUCAACGUCGAGGAAUGUUAACUUAUUCUUCUCCUUUCUUAGUAUUGUGACUUUUCCAUGCUAUGUCUCAGGAACAUUGAAAUACGUUCCGGGUUGCUAGCUUCCAUUCAUAGUUUUGAGGACUGACUAACCCCAAGGAUAUGUUGUCAUAUUUGGCUCAGCCUGGUAUAGCGAGCAAGAAAAGGCUAAAUUCAUCAAAAUCCAAAAUUGAAGAAAAAAGUUAAAGUGUUCCAAUGUGUUCUCCAUAGCUGUUUGAAGAAUUCACAGCAAAAAAUACCCAAAGCUCUUCUCCGAUGGCAGAUAAAUCAAGACCUAGCACAUUGACCUCUAUGUUCCCAAUGUUAUUGGAUAUGCGAGAAUUAUAAUGAAUUGCUUUGCUUUCGCAAUAUGCUUUGAGAACAAGCGUCUUUUUUCUAUUCUGUAUUUCAUCAGUUUUGUAUUUGAUGCAUUGGAUGGUUGGUUUGCACGCAAAUUGAAUCAAGUUUCAACUUUUGGAGCUGUUCUUGACAUGGUUACUGAUAGACCUGGAUUUAUUUUCUUAUCAUUACUUGCUCUAGAUAUUGCCAGCCAUUGGUUGCAAAUGUAUAGUUCCUUCUUGGUGGGGAAAAGUAGUCAUAAGGAUGUCAAAGAUAGCACCAGCUGGCUGUUCAGGCUUUAUUAUGGAAAUCGGAAGUUCAUGGGUUACUGCUGUGUGUCUUGUGAGGUUCUUUACAUUGUUUUGUUUCUUUUGGGAAAGAAUCAGCCUGAGAAUAUCAGUGAAGUUUUAGUAAAUGCGGCUAUGCAAAGCUGGCUCUAUUUUCCUUUGCUUUCAUUGACUCUUAUUGGAUGGGCAAUCAAGCAACUAGUCAACGUUAUACAGCCGCUGAUGCAUGCAUUCAUUACGACAUUGAUAAGCAGCGGUAGAAAGCAUUGGUGCAUUUGGCUUUUUCUCGGUACUUUGGCGUGGACCUUGGCUAAAUUAUCAUGCGUUCUUGUACUUCUCAUAAUCGAGACGCAUUUGAAUCGCCUCGGGAUAGCAACGAAAAUGCAUGAUAAUAUGAUAUACUACAAAGGAAUUCACAUGAUGUGCCAUAGCCCGAACAUUCGUUUGGAAUAUUGA